AUGUCUUCUAAUGAGACUGAGAAUAUUCUCCUGUGUUAUCCUUUACAUCCAGACUCUUGUCCUAGAGUUCAUCGUCUCACUGGAGUUAAAGUGGCAAUGUACUCUUUUAUUUCACUUAUGAUCCUCACAACAGUUUUUGGGAAUCUGCUGAUCAUCAUCUCCAUCUCUCACUUCAAACAGCUUCAGUCUCCAACUCAUCUGAUCGUUCAGUCAUUGGCUGUGUGUGACUGUCUGCUGGGUUCACUGGUGAUGCCCUACAGUAUGGUGCGAUCUGUCGAGGGCUGCUGGUUUUUGGGAGAUGUAAUUUGUAAAGUGCAUUUUAGUUUGGACUUGACCCUCUGUAUCACCUCUAUACUGCAUCUUAGUUUAAUAUCUAUUGAUAGAUACUGUGCCAUAUAUUAUCCUCUGAAGUACAGAAUAAGAAUCACAAAAAGUUCUAUGACUGUAUUUAUCACCUUUACAUGGAUCUUUUCAUUGGUGUACAGCUUUUCUGUUGUUUUUUCAGGGGCGAGUGCUGUUGGUCUGGAAGCUUUAAUAUUACAGAUGUCUUGUUUUGGUGGCUGUGCUGUGUUUUUAAACAAAGAAUGGGGACUAACUAUUGUCAUUGUAGUAUUUAUAAUACCAGGAACUAUAAUGAGCUCUCUGUAUAUAAGCAUAUUUAAAGUUGUGAAAAAACACGCAAAGGUUUUGUCAGAGAAAGUGUCUGUGACCACCACAGGUGUUAACAGUCAAAGCUCUGCACACAGAGAAAGAAAAGCAGCUAAAACUCUGGCUCUUGUUAUGGGCAUUUUCUUUCUUUGCUGGCUGCCUUAUUUUACUCUUACUGUUCUAGACCCUUUUUUCAAUUUUACAACUCCAGCUGAUGUUUUUGAAGCUUUUGGUUGGUUUGGAUAUUCUAGCUCUGCAUGCAAUCCUUUGAUCUAUGGAUUUUUCUAUCCUUGUUUUCAGAAGGCCUUUAAAACUCUCAUAUUCACUUAUAUCUAUGGCUUCAAGAAAUCAGAUGGUUUGACAUUUAAGUAA